GCCGCCGCCGCUGCCUGCCGAGCUGGAAGGUGUGGGGCGCCGAGAACCGCGACGCCCGGGUCCAGGUGGCGCGGUAGAGCCUUGUGUCCUGGGGACGCACGGAAAUGCAAGCAACCUGAUCCAUGUGACCUUUUACAGGUGGGCAGAUAAGGCCUAGAGAGAACCUGCUGACAUGGCUGAACAUGGGACUGAUGAGCCAUCCUCCAGGACAGGGAGUCCCGACGGAGAAGGCCAGGCCUCUGGGGACAGACUGUCGCUGCAUCAGAGGCUGGCUGUCAGGGAGCUCAUUGACACUGAGCUCUCCUACCUGCACCUGCUCCGGCUCUGUGCCUCUGACAUCAGGAGCUGCCUGCAGCAGCUGCCCCAGGGAGAUCUGGAUGUCCUGUUCUCAAAUAUCGAUGAUGUCAUUGAGGUGAACAGCAGAUUUCUUCAUGAUCUGCAAGAGACAACAUCCAGGGAAGAGGAACAAGUGUACUUAAUUGGCAACUUGUUCCUGGAAUUCCAAGAGGAGCUGGAGCGAGUCUACAGGGUCUACUGUGCCAGCUACGACCAGGCCUUGCUGCUGGUGGAGACCUACCGGAAGGAGCCGGAGCUGCAGCGAGAGAUCCAGAGCGUCAUCGAGGCUGUGGUGCCACAAGCUGGGCCCUCGGGCCUGAGUUUCUUACUGGUGAUCCCUCUUCAGAGGAUUACAAAGUACCCACUGCUGCUGCAGAAAAUCCUGGAGAACACAGUCCCUGAUGCCAGUGCCUACCCUGUGCUUCAGAGGGCUGUGUCUGCCCUCCAGGACGUGAACACCAAUAUCAAUGAGUACAAGAGGCGCAAGGAAGUGGCCUCCAAGUACGCCAGAGUGGAGCAGCUGACCCUCCGGGAGCGGCUGGCCCGCCUCAACACGCACACCCUCUCCAAGAAGACCACUCGGCUGAGCCAGCUGCUGAAGCAGGAGGCCGGGCUGGUGCCCAGGACGGAAGACAAGGAAUUUGACGAUUUAGAAGAGAGGUUCCACUGGGUGUCACUGUGUGUGACCGAGAUGAAGAACAAUGUGGCUGUUUACCUGGAUAAUCUGGAGGCUUUCCUCCGCUUCCGGCCCCAGGAGUGCGAUCUGGACAUCGCUGGAGGGCCCGUGCCGGAGUACUGCAGCCUCAUGCGGGAGCUCCAGCUCCAGGCCUUCCCACGCUUCAAGCAGCGGCUAGAAGGCCUGGUGUGGCAGCCAUUGUGCACCCUGGCCAAAGCCCUGGCUGGCCCUCAGAACCUGGUCAGGAAGCGUCUGGACAAACUCUUGGACUUCGAGAGGGUGGAAGAAAAGCUGUUGGAGGUGGGCAGCGUGACGUACGAGGAGCAGGAGGCCCGGCACACGUACCAGGCCCUCAACUCCCUGCUCGUGGCCGAGCUCCCGCAGCUGAACCGGCUGGCCGUGCGCUGGCUGGGCCAGAUCCUGUGCACAUUCGUGGGCCUCCAGAGGGACCUCGCACAGCAGGUGCUGCAGAGGGCAGAGGGCAGCUUGGCCCAGCUGCCCCACUACCACCUCUCCGAGCCAGUCUUCUGGAAGCUGGUGGAGGACACCCUGGGCCAGAAUGGUCACCAGCUUCGCUCCUUUCAAGAGAACUUUGAGAAAGUGCUGCCACCUCCCACCGUACAACCACUCCUUCCAGGGGCUGAACGCCAGGUGCAGGCUCUCCUGAGCAGGUACGGCCCAGAAAAGCUGUACCAGGUGACAAGCAACGUCAGCGGGGCUGGGACUCUGGACCUCACGCUGCUGCGGGGCCAGGUUGUGGCUCUCCUUCAAAACAAGGACACCAAAGGCAACAGCAGCCGCUGGCUGGUGGACACCGGGGGACAUCGAGGGUAUGCACCAGCUGGGAAACUGGAGCUGUACCAUGUCAUCUCCGGUCAGGAGGAAAUCAAAGGGCAGGAGGGGCCUCACCAGGACUCCCAUCACCUGGCACCAGAGCCCAUCCCAGCCCCUGUCCCCUCUCUCCCAACGGUGACCCAGGCGGUGGCGGUGUACCCCUUUGUGGCCAGAAGCAGCCAUGAAGUGAGUCUGCAGGCGGGCCAGCUGGUGACUGUCCUAGAGGCCCAGGACAAGAAGGGGAACCCGGAAUGGAGCCUCGUGGAAGUGAACGAGCAGAAGGGAUAUGUGCCUUCCAGCUUCCUGGCCAGAGCCCCAAGCCCAGCUCCGUGGGGCUGGAGUCUGCCCUCCUAGGGUGCCCGCUGUGGUGCCCGUGCUGCCAAGGGACAGGGAGGCUUGGAUGCUAGGACCCUGUGAGAGGAAGGAAUCCAAGAGAAGGCGGGGGUGAGAGGGGAGAUCAGGUCUAGGUGGGGUGAAGGGCUGCCAGUAGAGGUGGGUGGGCCUUGCAGGCAUGCCUGGCAUGGGUGAGCAGGAAGCGCUCCAGCCAGAGCCACUCCUCAGGUCUGCAGAAAACGGGGUUCCCGUCUGAAGUCACAGAAGCCUGGAUGGCAGGUCAAGUUGAUGAGGACUUGCUGUCAUUUAUGGCCUGUCUUACCUGUGCUCCCAUCCAGCCCUGCCCACCGAGUGGGUCACGCAGGUGAAUGUUACCUGUGUGCGUGGGGUUGCAGGGCGCUGGAGAGGUCCAGAGCUGUCUGGCCUGACAGUUCACUCCCUGCAUGUUGCAUCAGGAGACACCGCAGCCAACAAAUGCUGGCAGCUGAGUUGUCUUGGGCGGUGAACCUCCCCUCCAGCCCUCUCUAGCUGAGGAGCAAGGGCUUGUGAGGGCAGUGGAAAGGUUCUCCUUGGCGGAUCCUCGGAGCGGGUGUGGCUGGGUCACCGUUCUGGAACGUGUUUAGGCAAAUUCAGAGGCUGUUCCUGGGAACCAGAGAUUUUGAGGGUGAGGAGUGAGGGUGCGGGCACAUGAGGCUGUGUAGCUGCUGGGCGUGUGUUCUCUGCACUAGGGAACAAAGGGCAUGCAAAUUGCUUAGGCAACUCUGUGCAGCAGGUGAUGGAAAGCCUGGUGGGUGGGGAAGCUUGGGUGAUGGCUUGCUUUCCUGUUUCUGGAAGUCGGGAGCCAGGGGGAGCACCCGGUGGUUUCAGGGCCUGGAGGUAGCAGGUGGAUGUGGGUGUCAGUUGGCGGAAGGGCCUUAGACAUAGGACACAACCUCAGUUUUCUCAUCCACAAAGAUCUAACUCACAGGGUUGUGGCGAGAAUGGCCUGAGGCUAAGGACGGGAAGCACCUUGUAAAUUGUGAAGUGUGAUAAAAAUGUCAAUUUUCAUGAUAGCAUGAAAUGGUCUCAGACCAGCAAUGGUCUCAGGAUGGCCCCAGCGCCCUUAGGCCCAGCUACAGAGUUGGAGCCUCUGCUGGCCCUGCCCAGCCGUGGCAGACACUGGGACUGAGCAUGGGGCCCUCUCCCCCCAGCCCAGGAGCUACCUCGGGGCCCCUCUCCACACUGCUUUCUAGGUAGCCAGUCUCUUGAACUUGGUGAGGUCAGACCCAUCGCCAUCCCUUUCUAGGACCUGGAAAUGGGAAAAACAGUACCUGUUCAAGGCAAACCGACCCACUGGGGCCGUUCUGGGAGCAGCCACCGUUGAAUUGCCCUCUCUGGGUUGUCACUUUGGCUAAGAUACAUCUCGGGAUUCAAGGAAGAGGGGAAAGGGGGUCUGGCCUGACCUGUAAUACAAAUUAUACAUUUGGGGGCCGACCCAAUCUAGAGGCUGGGGGAAAAUUCAGUGUUAACUUAGACUUACCUCCAAGAACCUCCAUGGUAUUGUCACUGUAGCGCCUAAAGCAAUUAGCUCUGGCUUUGGGAGGGCUUUUAAGAAAUAUAUACAUGCCCACGUGAGAUCUGCACCUCACUCCUCGGUUCAGGAAACUGGGAAGAUGGAUUGUGCAAGAGAAACUCAGUCCCCACUGACCCCGUGCUGGCACCAAAUUCACUCUGUAAGAUGCUCUUGACUCAUUUUUCUUUCUCUUUCCCACUAAGAUUUCUAAUACAAGUAGAAGACAUAGGGGAGCAUUUACAAGACAGGAAAUCCACGUGUGGGUCCCUCAGUGCUUACUGAGACUCUCCUGUGGGCUAGAACCCCAGCUCAGGCUUCUCAACCUGGCUGCUUGCUGUGGGGCCGGUGACUGAUGCCAGGAUCCCGUCCUCCCACCGCCCCGCCCGCAGAGAUUGUAAUGGAGUUGGUCUAGGCUGGGGCCAGGCCCUCAGGAACUCAGAAAGCUCCCCAGGUGCUUCCGGUGUGUCCCCAGGACUGGGGACCUCGGCCUGAGACAGGCAGACCAUGAACGAGACGGAUCUGCAGUCUGAAGCGGCCGCAGCUGUAAGCUGGGAUGUGCCCCCUCUGAGUUCUGUCCUUGCUCAGAUGUUUUGAACAGGCAGCUUUAGAGAUGUUUUGAAAGAGGACAGCCUGUUCUGUCCGGUCCCAGAAUGUAUAUUUAUUAAGUGCCAUGAAGAGGGACCUGAACAAAACUGGAUGUUCUUGAAGGCAGAAGGCAGAAACCUGGAAUACAUGUGGAACCACAUCUCUCUCGUGAGGGGAGAACGAAAAUGUCUUCAGGGGCACACAGGUUGUGGUUUCUUGUAGACUAGGGGUGGAGAUCCAGAGUCAGUGACAACUGAGAAAAUGCAUGUUGAGAGGCAGAGAAUGGCCUGGAUUUUCUGCAGAGACCUCUGUGUAAUGUGCCUUGCCCCUGCCCCCCGGAAUCCUGGAACCCUGCACUGCGUCCUCCGCCCUACGGAUUGCCCUGUGGGGCCGCCUCUCCUUGAACUUGCGAGGGUAUCUGCCCGGAAACCAGACAAGGCCGAUGCCGAGGGCGGCCCUUGCUCCCUGCCGCAGAGUGCGACCUCUUUAACCUUUUCGGCCCAAACCCAGGUCUGAACAUGAGGGCAAGGUUACAAUAUGGAGGAAAAAUGAAUGGAGUCCCGCUCACUGUGGGGAGCUCUAGCUUGGUGAAGCAGUGAUGGGAACUGCUGAGAAUAAAGGGCUUCAAAGAGGAAAA